CCCGCCGCCUCUCCGCUCUUCUGUAUGCACCGAGGAGCGGCCGAAGCUGGGCAGGUAACGCGGCGCUUUCGGGUCGGAGAUCGCGUCCGUCGGGCUGGGGAAGGAGCAGCGGGUGUCGUUUAUUUCUGAAUGCAUGCGGCCUUGAAGUCCUCAUCUGCAGCCUGGGGACGUGUGACACCCAGUCGACCACAGAGUGAACUGCUAGUGGCUCUGCUGAGGAUUCAGGUUUGUCAUCUAUUCCAGAGACAUUCAGAACCAUGUCCUACGUUUUUGUGAACGAUUCUUCCCAGACAAACGUGCCGCUGCUGCAGGCUUGUAUUGAUGGAGAUUUUAACUAUUCCAAACGCCUGUUAGAGAGUGGUUUUGACCCAAAUAUUCGUGACAGCCGGGGCCGAACCGGCCUUCAUCUUGCUGCAGCCAGAGGAAACGUAGACAUCUGUCAACUCUUGCACAAAUUUGGUGCUGACCUUCUGGCCACUGAUUAUCAAGGUAAUACAGCCCUUCACCUGUGUGGGCAUGUGGAUACCAUCCAGUUCCUUGUUUCGAAUGGACUUAAAAUCGAUAUUUGCAAUCACCAAGGUGCAACGCCGCUUGUUCUUGCAAAACGGAGGGGUGUAAAUAAAGAUGUGAUCAGACUGCUGGAAUCUUUGGAGGAGCAAGAGGUGAAAGGAUUUAACAGAGGAGCCCACUCAAAGCUGGAAACGAUGCAAACUGCUGAAAGCGAAAGUGCAAUGGAAAGCCAUUCUCUCCUUAAUCCAAACCUACAGCAAGGGGAAGGAGUUCUCUCCAGCUUCCGCACGACGUGGCAAGAGUUUGUGGAAGACCUGGGCUUCUGGAGGGUGCUGCUCCUGAUCAUUGUCAUUGCUCUUCUCUCUCUUGGAAUAGCAUAUUAUGUUAGUGGGGUGCUUCCUUUUGUAGAAAAUCAGCCCGAGCUGGUGCACUGAAGCAAGUGGAAAGAAGCGCUCUGUGCUUUUCCAUGUUGUAAUCUUAUUUGGAGCUUCUUGGAAUUUUUCCCUCGGUGCAGACAGUGGCAGCUGUACAUACAGUUUGCUUUUUAUACCUACUGUUAACCCCUGUGGAAGAGAGAUGAAUUCAUUUUGAGUAAAACACUAAGUUCUAAAGCAUUCCGAAGCUACCUCUGUCAUCUUGACUUGGAAGCAAGAUGUGGAGAUAAUCCUCUCUGCUGAUAAAAUGUUGUGAUUAGAAGAGGCUUUUUAUAAUGAGUAUAACGUUCUUGAGCAUGAAUUGUGUAACCUAGUACACAACCAUAUUUGAUAUAUAUUCUAUAAGAGGAGAGGUAAAUCUGUUGUUGUAUAACAUUGUGUGUUUCAGCUGGAAGAAAAAAAGGUUUUAAAAAGCCCUCUACAAAUCUGAAUAACAUAUUAAUGCAUCCUGAUACUUAGACAGUACUGAGCUCUGUGUUCAUAGUUCUUUUAGUGUCUCCCCACAGUUUCUCAUCUGCUAGUUUAUAAAAAGACUAUAAUCAGUUCUGAUCUUACUACAUCUUCACUGUAUAGAUCGCUCCUUUAUUUAUUAGGUUAAUAUGGUGUUUCUUCCCCAGAUAAAUUUUAUGUUAGUAUCUGCUUGAAGUGAAUUUUGUAGAACUAAAGCUUUUGCAGUGCUUGAGAAGUAAAAUAGUUCAGCCCCUAGGGUGAGGAACUUGCCUUUGUGCUGAAAUGUUACAAAGCAGACCUUUCUUUGUAAGGAUAGAUUGAAAGUGAUGUAGGUGUUCUGCUUUGUACAUACCAGUUUUGUAAGGCCAUCAUCUCUGUGAAGCGUGUCAUGAAGGGUAACUUCUUUUCCUCCUCAAGGACUACAUGGAACCAUAGUGUUGUAUCAUUUUUGUGUUUGCGAAAGGGACUUGAUUGAUUAGGAUUCCUUCCUACCAUUACUUUCUGUUUCAGUUGUUUUCAGACUGCACUUACAGGCUUAUGAAGAAUUUUCUGAGCAUGUGGAAUAAAAAUAUUUUAAAAGUUAGUAUUUAGGAAUAUGAUAUGGAAUGAUAUCCUGUCCCAUUCUGUAUGUAAGCUGUGAAAUCCUUUGUAAGUAACCCAAAGAUAUGAAUCAGUUACAUACUCUUUUCUGAAGGUCAGGAUGAUGCCACGCUGUAGUUGUAGGUUUUCAAGGAAAGCAGAUUGUCUCCUUCCAAGCUGGUUAGAUAUGCAACUCACUUAGUUGCAUUCAAAGCCUCCAAAAAAUUGAAUUCUGUAAACCUAAUGGAUAUAUAUAUAUGUAUUUACUUUACUACUCCAGAAUUGUUGCUAAAUAACAUCAAACAUUUAUAAGAUUAUAAAUUGCUGUAAGUAUUACUAGAAGUACUUACACUUACAGAAGUACAUCCCUCUGUUCUACUACUGUGCAUGUUCUCCUUUCUUGUUUAUGUGUUUGAGUUAUUGUCUUUGAAGAAGAGGGUUAUUGUCUUUGUUUUGGUGUGUGACAAGGGCUUCACUAAGAUGGGGCCCAUUCUAAAUUGCAUCUUGAUCUCAUUUCUCAAGCCGGAGGUUAAUGAAACAAUACUUUCCUAGCAGUUGCAAAACCACAAAAAGGAAAACGUCUUAAAAGGAAACUACCACCAACAGAACAGCAUUCUCUUUGUCUGAAUAUUUCUAUUGCAGCGCAUCUGUUAACGAACAGAGAAAUGUGAAACCAUUUCUAAAUCACAAUUACUUUUCUGGAUUACUGCAUUUCUGUUAAUGGUACAGUGUAUCUCGAAUAAUACUGUUUCAAUAUAUAUUCCAUGCAUAAUUUGUAAUUGUAUUCUCAGUAUGGGUGAAUGCCACAAAUAAAUACAUGUUGUAAAUAUG